AAAUAUACAUAUAUUAUUUUUAUUAAGGGGCACAUAUCAUACCGCCAGGUGUGAGUGUGAUUAGCCGUUACAAGCAGGUUUGAAAAUGUGCAGCAUUGUGCAAUCACAGGUGGGCGUGUCCACCUAGAUGUGUGCUGGAUAGAUCAGUCUACCAGCCUACCCAGUGGACUGUAGCAAACGUCGCUCAUCUACCCGUCACACAACUAGGUGAACACGCCCACCUGUGAUGUCACAAUUCUGCACAUCUGAAAACGGCUUGCAAUGGCUAAUCACACUCACACCUGGUGGCAUGAUGUGUCCCCUUUACUUUUUUUACAUUCCCAUGGGCCCCCCUCUGCCUUGCCCCCUUGGGGGGGGGGGGGGGGUCCGGUGGCCCUGCACGCACCCCUCCUUCUUAUAACUCUUAUCCUGAAACACAAAAUGUACGAUCACAUAGUGUUCAAAUUCAAGCUGAAACGGAGUUCACUCACAAUUUAAUUGAAAGUUAAUUGAAUUAAUAUCACAUUCUCUAGAGUCGUUUUUGCAUUCUGAGAUACUGUAUAAACAAGCCGGUACAACAUGGCUGGUUCUGGGGAUUAGGACCCACACCCUAUGUCAAUUUAAAGGGCUCAUUCUCAGGUAGCGGCAACACACAAUUUCUUAUUUUCAUUGGAUAAUGAACUAAUUAAAACGUACUUAUGAAUACUAUAUUCCAUUUGUGCCAAGUCUGUUCCACUUGAAGCCAUUCAGUUCUAACAUGUUGAAAAUGGAUUAACGUAAGUGUCUUGAAGGUUUGACCCUAAUUCUAAAACCAAAAUCCAAUCCUAGUGUCUUAACUUUUCCAGCUGUCCACCAUUCAAAAAUGAAAAAACAGCUAAGACCCUGUAGGUGCUCUUAAUUUGGUUAUUCAGUUGGGUAUGUAUUUAGGAAAGGGCAUGAGAAAAAAGACAUAAGACGGACAUAAUAUGUCAAUGAACCUGUGGGGAAUAAAACAAAUGUAUCACAUCUUUAAUUUUUCAGAAAACACAUCACAAUUUGACAAGUAUCACAUCUGCGAUAUGAAAAUAUUGCGUCCGAUAAUAGUUCCACAAACUAGGACAAUAGAAUACCAAAUAUAUAUUGUUUUCAUUAUAUUGUUAAAGUACUGACAGAUUUAGUGUGGGGGUCACUUGGGUGUCACUUGGCGGUGGCCAAUCACAUUUGUUUCUUUGUGUUGACGACUUACUUGACAAUUUUUGUAUACACGCUCCAAACCACAAUAUGUGGACAUGUAAUAUGACGUUAUGAUGCAAUAUUAUGGCGUAUUAUGUGAAAACUGCAAGUGAUGGGUGACACAGUAACAGUACUAUUUCACAGUAUCGUUUAUUUUUUUCAUUUUUUCAUUUCACACCUGUGCGUAUUCUUAUGUUCUUAAUAAAUAUCUCAUUAUUCCUAUUACAUUUGUAAAUGCUUUGGACCCUAAAUGUUUGUGAGACUGUCAGCAGUAGCAGGCAUGGUGAAAGAACAUGGCAGUAAUCAUGACCGUAUGACAGUAAACAGAUAACGGAGGUAAAUAAUCCAAGUCACAGAGCCACCCUCAGUGUGUGAAUUCUUUAAAGUUGGAUUCGAUCAUGUUCAGAUGAUUAAGGAAUACAGUCAGAUUAGAAUGGCCAUUAGAUAUGGUUGAUGUGCGAUUUUAAUAUGAGCAAAUAUAAAAUCAACCCCCACCCAUACAAGUUUGACUCAAAGUGUCAUAAUGACGAGUUGGUCUCGUAACCCUUGGGUCUCUGUUGAAUGCAGCCCUGCCUAUUCAAACAAGUACAAGUCAGGUGGCCCUAACCUCCCAUUCAUUGAUCCACACCACUAUGCUACCACAACCAACAAAUAGGCGAGGUUUUUUAACCCCAUGAGAUAAAGAUGAAAUGUGGCGCAAAAUAGACAAAAUUCAAUGUCAUCGGUGCGGGUUGCCCUGACAUUGUGGCUUGACCAUAGGCCAACCGCAAAAUGCUCCCCUUUAUAAGGCUGCUUGGGACUGCAAUAUGCCACAUUCACAGGACCAAUGCGGGUGUUUGUGUUUGCGCUGGCUCUGGCCGUCGUGGCUGGACAGUACGUCAACUUUGCUCCUGACUUCGCCAGCAGCAAGACCUAUGUGUACAAGUAUGAGGCGGUACUCAUGGCGGGCCUUCCUGAGGAGGGUCUGGCUAGCGCUGGUUUGAAGGUCCUCAGCAAAGUUCUAAUCAGUAACAUUGCUGAGAAUAUUUACCUGCUUAAGCUUGCCGAUCCUGAACUCUUUGAGUACAGUGGCGUCUUGCCCAAGGAUCAAUUCAUCCCGGCCAACAAGCUGAAGGAAGCCCUGGCCUCCCAGCUUGCGACUCCCAUCAAGUUUGAGUACGCCAAUGGUGUUGUCGGGAAGGUCUACUCCCCAGAAGGCAUCUCAACCACCGUGCUGAACAUCUUCAGAGGUGUACUGAACAUCUUGCAGCUCAAUAUUAAGAAGACCCAGAAUGUCUACGAGCUGCAGGAGGCUGGAGCUCAGGGCGUGUGCAACACACUCUACGCCAUCACUGAAGACGAGAAGGCCGACCGCAUUCUGUUGACCAAGACCAGGGAUCUCAAUAACUGCCAGGAGAAGAUUGUCAAGGAUUUGGGUCUGGCUUACGCAGAGAAAUGCAUAGAAUGCCAGAAGGAUGCCAAGAACCUGAGGGGAGCUGCCGCAUACAACUACGUCCUCAAGCCAGUCCCGACUGGAGUUCUGAUCCUGCAGGCCAGCGUCAAUGAGCUCAUCCAGUUCUCUCCCUUCAACGAGCUUAACGGCGCUGCCCAGAUGAACACCAAGCAGUCCUUGGUUUUCCUUGAGAUUCUGAAGACCCCCAUCGCACCGGUUAACGCUCAGUAUCUCCAUCGUGGAUCCAUCAAAUAUGAGUUUGCCUCCGAGCUUCUGCAGUCACCCAUUAUGCUGAUUAAGAUCACAAACCCCCAAGCUCAGGUUGUGGAGCUCCUCAACCAUCUUGUCAUCAACAACAUGCAAACAGUUCACGAAGAGGCCCCCAUGAAGUUUCUAGAACUGAUUCAGGUGCUCCGUAAAUCAAACAUCGUGGACAUUGACCAGAUCUGGAGUCAAUUCAAGAGCAAACCAGUCUACAGACAGUGGAUCCUGGAUACCCUUCCCGCCAUUGGAACCUCAACCACUCUGAGAUUCAUCAAGGAGAAGUUACUGGCUAAAGAUAUCAGCAUUCUUGAGGCAGCUCAGGCUCUUGUAGCAUCCAUGCACAUGGUGACAGCUGAUCAGGAGGCCAUUACAAUUGUGGAAUCCCUGAUAGACAACCACUUGAUUGUGGAGAAUCCUGCUCUGCGUCAAAUCGUUAUGCUCGGCUAUGGUACCAUGGUUGCAAAGUUCUGCUCUGACAAGAUCGCCUGCCCCUCCGAGCUCAUCAAGCCCAUCCACGAGAAAAUCGCCAGAGCUGUUGCAGAGGAAAACAUCGAGGAUAUCAUUUUGCUUCUGAAGGUUCUGGGUAACGCUGGACACCCCCACAGUCUUAAGACAAUCACAAAGAUCCUGCCCUUGUUUGGCUCUGCUGCUGCAAAUCUGCCAACGAGAGUCCACGUUGACGCCAUUCUGGCCAUGAGGAACAUCGCCAAGAAGGAGCCCAGAUUGAUCCAAGAUAUAGUCAUACAGUUGUUCAUGGAUAAAGCCCUGCAGCCUGAGCUGCGAAUGCUUGCGUGCAUUGUGCUGUUUGAGACAAAGCCUCGCAUUGGCCUGGUAACUGCUCUUGCCAACGUUCUGAAGACCGAAGAGAACCUGCAGGUGGCCAGCUUCACCUACUCCCACAUGAAGUCCCUGUCCAGAAGCACCGCACCUCACCAGGCGUCUGUUGCUGCCGCAUGCAAUGUUGCUGUCAGGAUCCUGAGCCCCAAGUUUGAUCGUCUGAGCUACCGUUUCAGCAAAGCCAUUCAGAUGGACGCCUACAGCGAGCCCAUGAUGCUUGGUGCUGCUGCCAGUGCUUUCUACAUCAACGAUGCUGCCAGCAUCCUUCCCAGGGCUUUCGUGGCCAAGACCCGUGGCUACCUUGCCGGAGCUGCAGCUGAUGUUCUUGAGAUUGGAUUGAGGACCGAGGGACUCCAGGAGGCUCUCCUGAAGAACCCUGAUAGCGAGAACGCUGACAGGAUCACCAAGAUGAGGCGUGUCAUCAAGGCUCUGUCCCAGUGGAGAUCUCUGCCUACCAGCAAGCCUCUGGCCAAUGUGUACAUCAAGUUCCUGGGCCAGGAGAUCGCCUUUGCCAACCUCGACAAAGUUCUGAUCGAUCAGGCCAUUGCACUUGCCAGUAGACCCAUCGUUCAGGAAAUGGGAAAGGACGCUCUGAGGAGUGUGCUGUCUGGAUUUACCGCCCAUUUCACCAAGCCCGUGCUGGCUGCCGAGGUGCGCCGCAUCCUCCCCACCGCCGCCGGAUUCCCCAUGGAGCUCAGCAUGUACACCGCUGCUGUCGCUAACGCCGCCGUCCAAAUCAAGGCAAGCACCACACCUGCUCUGCCCCAGAACUUCCUUUGGGCUCAUCUGCUGAAGGCCAACAUUAAUCUGGAGACUGAGAUUAGGCCCAGUGUCGCUGUUCAGUCAUUCGCUGUGAUGGGCGUGAACACUGACCUCAUCCAGUCAUCUGUGCUCGUCAGAGCCAAGGUCAACUCUGUCCUGCCAAGCAAAAUUGCAGCCAAUCUUGAUAUAACUGGAGGCAACUUCAGGAUCCAGGCAUUGCCCGUUGCCGUGCCUGAACAACUUGCAACCGUGCGUUAUGAGAGUUUCGCCGUGGCAAGAAACAUUGAAGAUCUCCUGGCCGAGAAAAUCGUGCCUAUGAUUCCCGCAGAGAUCUUGGAGCCCCUCAUCGGCAGACGGUUCGUGUCUAAUGCCAACUCCAUUGUGUCUGGUAGCUCGUCCAAAUCCUCCGAGAUCUUCUCUGACAUGGUAUCUGGAAUGAAACCCAUCAUCAAGUCCAAGCUUGCCCGAUUUGAGAAGAAGUAUUGUGCUAAAUUAGCCGCAAUGAAGUCCUGCGUCACGCUGGAGUCUGAGGAUGCCUCAUUCAUCAGGAACACACCUCUCUACCAACUGAUUGGAAAGCAUGUUGUCUCUGUGGUCAUUAAACAUGUUGCCGGAAAGGAGAUCGAGAGAAUAGAGAUCGAGGUCCAAGUCGGAGCGACGGCUGCAGUGAAGCUAAUUAAGCAGAUCAACCUGAGCCAAGAAGAAGUAGGAGAAGAGAACGCCCAGGGCACACCUGCUCUGCUAAAGCUCAAGAAAAUCCUGAAUCCCUCCUCGAAAAGAUCUUCCUCUUCCUCCAGCAGCAGCGCCAAGUUGUUCUCCUCCUCCUCCUCCUCCUCCUCCUCCAGCAGAAGCAGCAGCAGCCGUAGCAGCAAACUGAACUCCAAAUCCUCCUCCUCCUCCUCCAGCUCUUCCCGCUCUGCAAGAAGCCGUCUGUCCAACACUGUUGUGUACCCGUUGAAGUUCCAGAAGGACCACAAGAAGCAGUCUCUCACCUCUUCAGCAAGAACCUCCACAGGCAGAAGCAGUGCUUCAAGCUUCCGGGCCAUCUACAACAAUAACAAAUACCUUGGCGCUGCAGCUCCUCCUGCCUUCGCCAUCUGGGUCCGUGUGGUCAGAGCUGACAACCAAAUGAUGGGAUAUGAGCUGUCUACCUACCUGGACAAGCCCAACAAAAGAGUCCAGCUGAUCAUUGCAGCUUUGGCCAAAGGGGACACCUGGAAACUGUGUGCUGAUGGAAUUCUUCUUAGCAAGCACAAAGUAUCUGCUAAGGUUGCCUGGGGAGCGGAAUGCAAGGAAUACAGCGCCAUGGCGACAGCUGAGACUGGCCUGGUCGUCAAAAGCCCUGCGGCUCGCCUGACAGUGUCCUGGGAAGCGCUGCCGAUAUCAUUCAAGACUUACGCCAAGCUCGUCUACAAGUACAUCCCUGCCUCUAUCCUCGCUGGACUCGUUGAAGGGAAGGAGAUCAACAUUGAGAAGCAGGUUUCUCUCAUCGUGGUUGCAACUUCUAACAAGGACCUCGAUGUGAUCUUGAAGACACCAAAGCACACUAUCUACAAGUUAGCUCUGCACCUUCCCAUUGCUCUGCCUCUCGACGGACUCACCAGCCUUACUCCCUUCGAAGACAACAUCAUGGAAAAAGUCCAAUACGUCUUGGCUCAGGUUUAUGAAGCUCAGUGUAGCUACGCCAAGAACACCCUGACCACAUUCAACAACAGGAGGUACAAGAACGAGAUGCCACUGUCUUGCAACCAGGUUCUGGCCCAGGAUUGCUCCAAGGAGCUCAAAUUCAUGGUUCUGCUGAAGAAAGACAACAUUGAGCAGAACUGGAUCAAUGUGAAGCUCGCUGACAUCGAUAUCGACCUGUACCCCGAGAACGACAACAUGAUUGUGAAGGUUAACGGCAUGCAGAUCCCCAUCAGCAACCUGCCCUACCAGCACUCCACAGGUACAAUCCAGAUCAAGUCUAACGGUGAGGGCAUCUCUGUAUAUGCGGCCAGCCACGGUCUUCAUGAGGUCUACUGCGACAGGAGCUCCUGGAAGGUCAAGUUAGCCGACUGGAUGAAGGGACAGACAUGCGGAAUCUGUGGAAAGGCAGACGGAGAGGUCAGACAGGAGUUCCGCACCCCCAACGGACAGCUGGCCAAGGACGCCGUCAGCUACGCCCAUUCCUGGGUGAUCCCUGCUGAGAACUGCCAAGAUGCCUCCGAGUGCCGUAUGAGACAGGAGUCAGUGAAGCUGGAGAAACAGAUCAUGGUCCACGGACAGGAGUCCAACUGCCACUCUGUUGAGACGGUGCUGCGUUGCCUCCCUGGCUGCAUCCCAGUCAAGACCACCCCGGUCACCGUUGGCUUCCACUGCCUGCCUAUUAGCGCUGAGCAGGAACGCUCUGGAGAUCUGAGCAGCGUCCUAGAGCAGAGUGUGGACCUGAGGGAGAGCGUGAUGGCUCACUUGGCCUGCAACUGCGCCAACCUCUGUGCUUAAGCUGGCCACGCCCCGCUCACCAGAGCACCCCUCCCCUUUAAGUAUUUAUCAAUUAACUUCUGUAUCCUUAAGGCGAUCAAAUACAACAAAUAUUUUUGGGGAUUUUCUUGGCAGUUUGAUUGGUGUCAGGGUUCUAACAAUACAAUGUAAUGUCAAAGAGCAAUGAUAAAAACGGUUCCACAAAUAUCACUUUUGUCCU